GUGUCAUGGCGGAGCAUGUAGUCAGUUUUGAGAGUAAGGGCAGCAUAGAGGAAAGGAAGCAUAGUAAACGAGAGGCACGGCAAGAAGUGAUAGACAAGGCCAAGGAGCAGUAUGACAAGGCAGAAAGAAGGAAGGAGCUCAAAAGGCAGAGAGGGGAGGACACCUGGAUGCUUCCUGAGAUCAACCAGAGGCUGCAGGAGAUAGAGGAAGAGGGAUCUGUAAAAAGCAAAAAGAAGAAAGAGAAGAAAUCUAAAAAGAAAAAGAAGGGCAAGAAGGAGAAGAAGACAGCAGGAGCAGACGAUGGCUCUAAAGACAGCUCAGAUGACUCAGAGGGAGAGUGGGUGGAGGCUCCGGCUCAGACACAAGCUGCCAAAGCCUGGAAACUUCCUGAUGAGUCCAAACCCUCAGAGAGCAGCGUCAGCACAGCACAGAGCGUCGAGAGAGACGAAUGGAUGACGUUUGACUUCCUGGCAAUGAAAACCACGUCCACAACAGAGAAGAGGGCUGAGAAAGAUCGACUGAAAGGGGAGGAGAAGGCGAAGGCUCAGGCCAUCGAACAGGCUGGUUUGCACAAAUUAGAGCUAAACCCGUUCUGGAAAGAUGGAGGAACUGGUCUGCCCCCAGCGGAGAAGGCUGCAACAAAGAAAGGAAACACAGUGGUGAAUGAUGCCGGUCUGGGCUGGCUGAGGAAGAGCUUCCAAAGGAUGAAGGAGCAGGCAGAGAGGCAGCAGCGCAGCCUCAAUGAAAUUGUGGCCGAGAGAUACGGAUCAAUGGAAGAGUUUCAGCAAAAACUUGCCGAUGCUGAGAUAGCUGUGUACGGACACUGCAGUGGAGGAGAUGGAAACAGAGGAGCGAGAGGCGGGUGGAGGAGAGGAGGAAACGAGUCCAGAGAGAGAUGGAGAAGAAACGAUGGAGAGGGGGAAGAGAGAGAACGCUGGAGAAGGAACGAAAGGGAAAGAGAUUCAUCACCGACAGAUGGAGAGAGAAACAAUGCUGGGAGACGAGAGGAAAGGGAGAGGGGGGGAUAUCGCGGCAGAGAGGAAGACAGAAGUCGAGACGGAGACAGGUUCAGAGACAGAGAGAGGGAUAGAGACAGCGAGAGAGAUAGAGGAAGAGAAAGGGAAAAGGGUAGGGAUGGAGGAAGAGAAAGAGAUAAUGAGAGAGACGGAGACAGACAUCAGGAUAGAGAUUGGGAUAGGGAUGGAGGAAGAGAAAGAGAUACUGAGAGAGAUGGAGACAGACAUCAGGAUAGAGAUAGGGAUGGAGGAAGAGAAAGAGAUAAUGAGAAAGACGGAGACAGACAUCAGGAUAGAGAUAGGGAUGGAGGAAGAGAAAGAGAUACUGAGAGAGACGGAGACAGACAUCAGGAUAGAGAUAGGGAUGGAGGAAGAGAAAGAGAUACUGAGAGAGACGGAGACAGACAUCAGGAUAGAGAUAGGGAUGGAGGAAGAGAAAGAGAUACUGAGAGAGACAGAAAUCAGGAUAGAGAUAGGGAUAGUGAAAGAAAUAGAGAAAGAGACAGUAGCAGCGUUUCAUCAUCAUCAUCUGGCCAAAACCCGAGUCAACCUUCUUCCUCUCUCGGGUCACUCAAAGGUCGCUUCCUCAAACCCUCAGAAGAUGAUGACAGUGCUGACGUUCCAGAUCGUCGCCGUCCUCCAGCGCGGCCGUCCUCAGGAUUCCUGAAACCCAGCUCUGACGAUGAAGACUCUGGUCCCCGUAAUGCCAGCAUGCAGACCUCAAAGAAGAGCAGCAAUCCUGCCAGGGAAUCUGCCAGCUUUGAGAAACCACAGCAGGAGAGAGAGAGGGAUCCUGGGAAAACUGUGACGGCUCCUCACGAUGGUCCCACUGGCAUCAAAGCUUCUGCGUCAAGGAGUGACAGUGACAGUGAGGAAGAGGAGCUUCCACUGAUGUCAGAGGAGGAGAUGAACAAACUGGGAGCCAAACUGGUGAAGGCUGAGAUUAUGGGCAACACGGCCAUGGUUGAGAAGCUGAAGUCCCAGCUGGACGCAGCACAUAAAGCUAAAGAAAGCCACGAAGCUCGAAGACAAGAAAUGGCGACUUCAAAACAGGUCACCGGUCGCUCCAGUGAAGCCCAGGAACUCCUGCUGUUCAGAACUGACCAAUCAGGGCGCGCCUGGCCCGUCAACGCCCCCUCUGGACCCCAGGAGCCCCACGGGGGACGACGGAAGAAGAAAGCGAUUGAGACCCAUGUUGACGGAGAGCGGGUGCGCUACUUCCAGGAUGAUGACAGUACGGGUCUGAAGGAGAUGGUGAGGAGGGAGAAGAUGAGCUCUGCGCAGGAUCAGAACGCACUCUACUCUCGCAUGGCUUCCAAGAUGAUGGGGAAGACAGACGGUGACAACUACACUCUGGAUGACAUGUUUGUGUCGAGUGCAGCACAGCGGGAGGGCGAGGGGAGGGAGGAGGAGAGGAUGAGGAGCAAAGCCAUCGGGGAGAGUCGGAGGCUGAAUGCCUCCAUGGAGAGAUGCCGGCACUGCUUCAGCAGCCGAGAGCUGCAGAAGCACCUCGUCGUGGCGAUAGGGAGCAAGGUCUACCUGAGCGUGCCUGCAGGAGUGUCUAUGACUGAGGGCCACUGUCACAUCUGUCCCCUCCAGCAUCACUGCUCUGCCACCGGAUUGGACGAAGACGUCUGGUCAGAAAUGCAGCUGUUCCGGCGUACUUUGGUGCGAAUGUUUGAGUCCCAGGAGCUCGACUGUGUGUUCAUGGAAACACACAUGGACCCACGCAAAAGACAACACAUGGUCUUAGAGUGUCUCCCACUUCCCAGAGAACUGGGCGAUAUGGCACCCAUAUACUUCAAGAAAGCCAUCAUGGAGUGCGAUGAGGAAUGGGCCAUGAACAAGAAGGUCGUCGACCUCUCAUCGAAAGACAUCCGCCAUGCUGUUCCUCGAGGUCUGCCCUACUUUGCUGUGGACUUUGGACUCCAGGGAGGAUUUGCUCAUGUCAUUGAAAAUGAACAUAAGUUCCCCCAUUACUUUGGCAAGGAAGUGGUAGGAGGAAUGAUGGACUUGGAGCCGCGACGCUGGAGAAAAAUGAUAAGAGAGAACUUUGAUGACCAGAGGAAAAAAGUCCUGGAGUUUGCAGGGUGGUGGAAACCAUACGACUGCACCAAGACUGCAGAGUAGUAAACACUACACUUCCAUUUAAACAAACACACACAAACACACACACACACACACACUUUGGUGCAGUAACUGUUGUACCUACCAAUUUAGAAUUUGAUGUAAAAUUCUUUUUAGGAGAUAUUAUCUGAUGACAUUUUUACUUCAAUAAAAAAGAAUAUACA